UUUGAUGUUAAAGCAACAGGAUAUAGAUGAUUCCACGAGUCAGCAUGAAGUACCUAUGAAUAUAGACGAUUCCACGAGUCAGCAUGAAGUACCUAUGGAUAUAGAUGACUUCAUGAGUCAGCAUGAAGUGCCUAUGAAUAUAGACGAUUCCACGAGUCAGCGUGUGGUUCGGCCA